AGAGUGGACAAGGUGGAACCCUAUCCAUUAGUCCAACUUGGUGCUCUGUUCCCAACUCACACAAAACAAAUUUUCACCACAAAUUACCCCCAGAAAAUGUCGUAAAAGUACAAAACGUCCCAAACAAACCUUUGAAUACAAAGUGCCAAACCGUAAUUUGACAAUGUUUUGAAAGCAAUACUCCAGCCGCCCAACACGGACGCGGAAUCGUAUAUGAUUUUAUAAAGGCCGGCAACAGGCAGAGGCAGGACCUUCACUGUUCAAACUCAGGAACACACAUUCCAAAACCAGAAAUCAAAAGGCUGAAACACCCUGUUCACAGUUCCUCAAUUCUUCUAGGUAAAUUUUGAAGAUACAGAGGAAGAUUAAGUAUGGAGAGCGGUUUGGAGGGCCAGAUGUCGACUCAUAGGCAUGAGGAAGAUGAGUCUUUAAUGGAGAUGGGAUCUGGGCGUUUUGGGUGUUCGCAUUACAGAAGGAGAUGCAAGAUCAGAGCUCCUUGUUGCGAUGAGAUAUUCGAUUGCAGGCAUUGCCAUAACGAAGCAAAGAAUGCAUUAGAAGUUGAUCCUCUCACUCGGCACGACGUUCCUCGCCAUGAAAUAAAAAGGGUUAUCUGCUCUUUGUGUGGCACAGAACAAGAUGUUCAGCAGAAUUGCAUCCACUGUGGGGUAUGCAUGGGACAGUACUUCUGUUCAAAAUGCAAGUUCUUCGACGAUGAUGUUUCAAAGCAAAUAUACCAUUGCAACAAGUGUGGAAUCUGCAGAACUGGAGGAGAGGAGAACUUUUUCCACUGUGAUAAGUGUGGAUGUUGCUAUUCAACAGCUUUGAAGGAUUCACACAAUUGUGUGGAAAGAGCAAUGCACCACAAUUGCCCUGUUUGCUUCGAGUAUCUUUUUGAUACUACCACAGACAUUACUGUCUUGCAUUGCGGACAUACCAUACAUUUGGAAUGUUUGAAAGAGAUGGAACGUCAUUUCCAGUACUCAUGCCCUGUCUGCUCAAAGUCAUAUUGUGAUAUGUCCCAUGUUUGGGAAAAGCUCGAUCAAGAGGUUGCUUUGACUCCCAUGCCAUCUAUGUUCGAAAAUAAGAUGGUUUGGAUACUCUGCAAUGACUGUGGGGAAACAUCAGAGGUAAAUUUCCAUAUUGUGGCUCAUAAGUGCCUAAAAUGCAACUCCUACAAUACAAGGCAGACACGAGGAGGCCCUGCUUCAUGCUCAUCGAGGAUUGAGGAGAUGAUGAGAUAAUCAUUGAUUCAGAACUUUUGUGUCACUAGUCCUUCAGGGGUCAAUCCAACUAGUUCUGCAGAACAGCCUAGUUACUUGAAACAUGGAAGGCAACAACUGUUGUUAAUUCCUUUAUUCUUUGCCAAUUGUUUCCCUAGAAGUUCUCUUGUUGUGGAAAAUGUGGCCAUUUCAAGCUGAUGUGUAUCACCAGAUGCGCCAAGCCCUCAUUUUCUUUUCUUUUUUUUGGGAAGAUGUGAUAUUGUGUACUGGGGAAAUAUUGAAUGUAUUGAAAUCUAUUUUUCACUACAAAA